GAAGACACAUUCGCUCACAUUGUACUUUAGUCUAUUUUCUCACUGGUUAGUUCCUUCAAAAGCUUCAGUUUCAUUGACUUUGCCUAGUCCAGAUCAGGCAUGCAACCAUCCCAAGCUAGGGCUCGCUGAUCGGCAGCGAACAUAUUCAGUAGCGAACCGUUCGGUUGCGAACGGUUUGGUGCCGAUCAGCGAUUGCUAGUUUGGGAUUGUUGCAUGCCUAGGUGCACCUUGUUGUAAAGGUAAAACUUCUUCGACUCGAAACUAUGUUCUAUGAACAUAUGGUCGUUCAUAUGACAGCACACUUCGUUCAUGCUUUAAUAGACGUAUAUCUUUAUCUAAAAUGUGGUACAAUAUUGUAUUCUGUCUUUUUCGACACGCAUACACAUUAAAGGAAUUGUCAUAUUAGAAUACUGUUCACAAAUAGAAGACGCCAAUCGACAUCGUUAUGUAAAAGUUGAAAUAGACGACCCUCUGUUUCUAAGAUUUUUUUAGUCAGUUGUACUGCUAACAAAACGAUAUUCUCAGUGAAACUAUUACCACGCCUAUAUAAAGAUAUAUAUUUAUCUAUCAGAAAAGAUUAUUUUAUGCAUAGCUGAUGGAAAAAUGAAACUUACUCUUGGUUCACCUCUAAAAUUUUUAAAAGUCAAGAGAGAUUAGAAGAUCUGAGUCUUCUAAUGUGAUAAUCCUUUGAUGUAAUAUAUCAAAGGCUUGAAUAAGUCAGCAACACGGAUACUGGUAAUAUCUUGUAUCAACGUUAUGGUCUUUCCUUAUCUCUAUGUCUAUUCUUUUAUUAUAGAUACGAAGAAAUCAAUAUUGAUUUAGCGAAUCCACCUGAAUGGUAUUUGAAAAGAAAUCCAGCAGGAGAAGUACCAGGACUAGAAUGGGUAGAUCCUAAAACUCAAGAAAAACAUUUUCUUGCUGAAUCAUUAGUUAUUAGUGAUUAUUUGGAUGACAUCUAUCCUGAACAUCAUUUACAACCAACGGAUCCCUAUUUAAAAGCCAAACAACGAAUUUUAAUUGACCGAUUUUCAAAUGUAUAUUCUUCGUACAUUGCCUUCUUUUGUGCCUCGCCAGCCAUGAUUGAUUAUAUGUUGUGGCCAUGGUUUGAACGUCUUUCCUUACUGAAGGAAGUCGGUUAUGUUUUUAAUUCUGAAAAACAUCUUCCCCGAUUAGCACAAUGGAUUCAUGAGAUGGAACAACUAAAACCAGUUAAAGAUGUCAAAGUACCUGAAGAAAUUACGAAAAAAUUUAUGGAAAGUUAUAAACACGGCAAACCACAAUAUGACGUCGAAUAA